GGAAUGCUUAUCUGAAAGAUCUUCCAAAAUAAAGCCAAGAAAUGUUAAUUUAAUUGAAGUUUUUACUGAUGACGAAGAGAAAGAGGAAACAUCUGAAGUAUAUGCAAGAGAAAGAUCUCGACCAUAUCCUACUGACAGAAAGAAUACAAGAAUACGACAAAGAAAAAUGACUAGAACUUCUGAGUUGAAUAAAGAAAUGAAUCUUAGAAUUCAUGUCAUUAAUCCAAUUGAAAUAGAAGUAGAAUCCACUCCUAAACAAAAACCAGUUAAAAGAGCACGAAAUCCUUCCAGAAUUGAUAAUCUUGCACCAUAUAAUAUAGCUGAUGAUAUCCUAUUAAAGCAAUCUUUUGCGAUCUUAGGACAAUGA